AUGGUACUUCCGAUACGGAAAUGUGUUCUCUGUCCUUGUCCAACAACUUCAACAACUUGUCCAAUAAUGCCUAUUGAUCAUUGUCCAUGCAGUGUACAAAUUAAUCAACUUUUACCAUGUCCUAUCUCUUCAGGUGCGUUACAGAUAAGAAACCGACGCCGAAAGCGACAAAUGGCAGAAGUGGUAGUAUCUCUAGACGAUAAGCUAGCAAUUGAAUAUCUUCGGAAACUUGGGUAUGUGGAAGAAUUUAAUUUAUCAGCUGCAAAUAUUUGUUAUCCAACAAACUUACCAGUCAAUAUCUUAUCGCCAAAUGAGAAAACGGCAGCAGUGGUAUCAAUACCGAUGCAAUCAUUUCCGGUUGCACCCUCCGCUCAUCAGCAAAUACCCAUUCCGUUUUCAACAAAUUAUGUACCGCAACAAUCUAUAUUUGGUGGAAUAAGUGGUAUGCAACCAAUGAAUUUUGCGCUUAUGCCUCAACCUCAACGGAUGGUAACUUCUGGAUCAAUUGAACAACCGAAAUUGUUUGCAGCUCCACCUGACACUCAAUUUAAGAUGAAUGAGGAUUGCCAACCUCCAGGAAGAACAAAAUCAGCAGCAGCUGCAAGAAGCAGAAUUAUGCUAAUUGCGCUCGUAGUUAUUGUCUGGAUAAAAACAUCAUCACAAUGA